UUAAAAAGUAAUAAUAAUGUUGUUGUUUAUUUGAAUAAUACUUAAGUAUCUUCGGUGCUAUUUAUUGGUGCUCUAUUGUUAACUUUGGUUCUUUAAAUUUUUGUAAACAAUGGUGGUCAAUUAUUCAAAUGUGUGUUUCCUAUUGAUAUUUGUGAAUUUGGUGUGUUCGAUUAACGAUGAACGAAUUAUUCAGGGUACAAACAAUAAUUUAGGCGAAUCAUUACAAUUUUUACGAGAAUUCGACCGUGAAGCAUCGAACAUGUGUACCCGUGUUACAACCGCACAAUGGAAAUAUGCAACAAAUAUGACCGAUUAUAAUAAGCGUCGUAUGAUUGAACAGCAAACAUUAAGUGAAAAAUUAGAACGUAUUUCAUGGCGUAAAGCAAUUACAUUUGCAUGGUCAGCGCUUCCAGAUCCACAAGCACGACGUCAAUUAAAAUUAUUAAUUAUACAAGGAAGAGCCAGUCUAAAUGAUGACAAAUAUAAUGAGAUAUACCAUUUAAUUGCGGAAAUGAAAGAUAUUUACAACAAUAUAAAAAUAUGUCCCUUUAAAGGCUUCAAUAAUUAUUGUGACAUGCGCUUAGAUCCAGACAUUAUACGCACAAUGGCACAUUCACGUAAUUAUGAUGAAUUACAAUAUAUUUGGAGUGAAUGGCGUAAAAAAACCGCACCAACAAAAAACAAAUUUAUGCGUUAUGUACAAUUGGCUAAUCAAGCCGCAACUGCUAUGGGUUUUCGUGAUGCUGGGGAACAAAUGCAAGCACCAUACGAAGAUGAAAAUUUUAUUGAAAAUUUAUCUGAUGUAUUUUAUAAAAUUGAACCAUUGUACAAAGAAUUACAUGCAUAUGUACGGCGGAAAUUAUCAUUACGUUACGGAUUUGAACGUAUACGUGUAGAUGGUCCAAUACCAGCACAUCUAUUGGGUAAUUUAUGGGCACAAAAUUGGAAAAGCAUAAUCGAUUUGGUUCAACCAUUUCAAACUACUCAAAAUUUUGAUGUUACUAGUGAAAUGUUACGACAGGGAUACACUCCUUUAAGAAUGUUUCAGUUGGCCGAAGAAUUUUUCACGUCAAUGGGGUUAAAAUCAAUGCCACCAGAGUUUUGGAUCAAUUCAAUGUUGGAAAAACCAACGAAUCGGCAAGUUCAAUGUACGUCGAGCGCUUGGGAUUUUUGUAAUAAAGUUGAUUACAGGAUUAAACAAUGUACUCAAGUAACGAUGGAUGAUUUAAUAUCCAUACAUCAUGAAAUGGCGCAUGUGGAAUAUUAUUUACAAUAUGCAGAUCAACCUUAUAUUUUCCGCGAUGGUGCAAAUCCAGCUUUUCAUGAAGCAUUAUCGGAUGCAAUUGCGUUGUCUGUAAGAAAUCCAAUUCAUUUACAUCGAAUUGGUUUAUUUAAUAAUAAUACAGAUUUGUAUGAGACAAAUAUGAAUUUCUUAUUAAUGAUGGCAUUGGAAAAAGUUGCGUAUAUUCCAUUUGCGUAUUUAGUUGAUCAGUGGCGUUAUAAAGUAUUUAGUGAUGGUGUUAAAAAUAUGAAUUCGUUAUGGUGGAGUUUACGUUUACAAUAUCAAGGUAUAAUCCCACCAGUUCCACGAUCAGAUAGCGAUUUUGAUCCAGCCUCCAAGUAUCAUAUAAUCAGCGAUCAAAAUUAUAUGAAAUAUUUUAUUGCUCAAGUAUUACAAUUUCAAAUAUAUGAGGCAUUAUGUACUGCGGCAAACCAUCAAGGACAAUUACAUACAUGUGAUAUAUAUCGAUCACGUGAAGCAGGACGAUUAUUAAGUGAUGUCUUAAAAAUGGGAAGUUCUGUACAUUGGCGUGAUGUAAUACGAACACUAACAAAUGGUAAAACUGAUAAAUUGUCAGCUGAUGCAUUACUAAAUUAUUUUCAACCAUUGGAGUUAUGGUUAAAAGUACAAAAUCGUGAUGAACCAAUUGUUGGUUGGAAUACAAAUAAUGAGGACACAGCAUUAUUUCAAUCGUGGAAAAACUGUAGUAAUUGUUUAGGAAAUAAUAGUAUAUUGGUCACAUUUAUACUAGCAUUAAUAUUUUUAAAUUUUUAUCGAAUAUAAUUAUUGAAAAAAUAUAUAGAUAUAAUAUUCCGAAUUUAGUCGAAUCUCAGGAUUUUGUCACAGACUGAAGAAAAGAUAGUUUGCUUGUUACGAAGUUGAUGAUUUUUUAUAAUUGUUUAAACAUAAUCUCGAUAUAUACUGCGGUAAUAAAAUCCAUAAUCACCUACGGAGCCCUAUUCUGCCUUUGGAAGGCUAGGGAUAAAGAAUAAACAAAGAGUCUCAUCGAAGUACAAAAACUGGUACAGAUGAGAAGAAAAAUACCUGACAGGUAGCAUUGAAGAAGAUCCUGAAUAUCCAACCGCUUGAUUUGUUUCUAUGGGUACUUUAGUCACAAAAAUAGAUUUAAGACUCCAAGGCUAGGGCCUUUGGAAUUAAAUCACCUAUGGACAUGGAAGGAUCUUGAAAUUAAUAGAGAAUUUAGAGGAGACAUAAAAGCUCAGGGUUGCUAACACAACCGACGAGCUUUUUUUGUCACCAAGAAUAACUACGAAACGAAUUUAUUUAUUCUUUUCAAAAUUAAAUCAACGGUAGUGGUGAGUUGUAGGAAAGUGCUGUCAUGAUCCAAAGCAAGUGAAGUCACUCUUUGCUGGGUUCCCGGAUACAGUGAUGUAAAGUGGAACAUUAAGGCAAAUGAAUCGACAAAGCAAGCAACGGACAAAGACAACACAGAGACUAAAGUCUCGCCACUUCCAUCGAUCAGCGCGUUAAAAAAUAAAAAAAGAAGUUCCUAGGUGACUUCAGAAAAAUAGAGAUAAUAGCGGAAUGAUAUGGUUGUUCAACGAAUCUGAAGAGGGGCAAAAAAAAAACAAAAAACAAACAAAAAAACAACAAUAUACCACAGGACAAUGAACAAACAGUUCGCGUUUUAGCGGACUGAAUUCUCAAGCCGAACCUAACCUGACCGAUAUUAACAAAUUUUAUGCUUUAAUUAAGUUAUUCCGUCAAAUAUUUGCAUUGUAGAUAUGGAUGAUUACCGUAGUAAGCUUAAUUUUUCAUUACUGUUUAACUUCAAAAUCAAAUUUUAGCUUUAUGUAUUAUCUGAUUUAUUUUUAAAUUUUUUAAUUUUUGAAAGUAUUAAAAUUUUGAAACGCCUCAAGUAAUUGCUGGUGCCUUAAAUAACUUCUCAAAAAUUUAAUACCUCUCCUAUUCGAUUUUUUAAAGCAAUUUUAAGCAAUCUAUCUUUUCGAAUUCUUUGAAUUUUAUAUACAGUAAUGGGAAAAAGUUCGGCAUCCUUUAAAUUACUUUCAAACGGUAUAAGAUUAAAGACAUGAAAUUUUUAUGUUUUUACAUUAUUCAUCAUAAAUUCCGCAAAAAAAAAAAACGCGUGUAAUAGCAAAGGACCCCAUAAGUGUGUGUUCGUAAUGUCGUAAUAUUAUCGUAAAAUAAUGGGUAUUAUAGUCUUGAGUCCAUAGAAAUUUCAGAACUUUAUCUUGAACCAUUUGAAAGUAAUUUUAGGAUUUCCAAACAUUUUCC